ACUUGUGACUAUGAUGCGUCUAUGAAGGAUCUGCGAUGCAUUGAACGUUGUUUACUCUCGCAGGUGGAUAUGACGUCACGGACUUGGGACAUAAAAAACAACAACAUCCAAACAUCCAUCCGCGAUUCUUCCUUUUUUUUUUUCUCCUUCUUUUCUCGGCGUGUUAAAAUCUAAUAACAACAUUAAGAAAGAGAGCUCGCGCCUUUCCCCGCGAGGCACACCGGGAGGCAGCGAGUGUGAAACUCCACAUUUUGCCUUUUUUGUUUCUCGACGCCCUCGGUAAGAUUAUCUCUUUCUCCUUGUAGUGAAGUUAGUCCCCCCACCUCGCCACCAACGCCGAGGCGUCGCACGCGUUCUCGGUACACAAGCUCGCGUGCACGGCUUCGUUAUCUCAUACUAGCAAAUCGGUACCCUCCGCGUGCGCCUGUUAGCUGCUGUAAAGCGUUUUCCAUUGCGGUGUCCUCUGUGAAACCCCCAUGGUCCUGCCCUCAAGACUGUGAGCUGAAUUCUGAUUGGAGGAAUGGAGUGCCAAUCGGCCCUGCACUAGUGAUCAGGUCAGGAGACUCCAGUGGUGACAUCCUGUGGAGCCAGAGAUCAAAGGCAAGGAGGCUGUUUUACCACCGCUGGAACUGUGGAUUGCUUUAAAUAAGCAAGUCAUUGUAGAAGGUCUUUAAGUCAUGAUGCAAGAAUCUGGGACGGAGGCGACAAGCAACGGACCAGCCAAUCAAAAUGGAGGAGCCAGCGUGGAGGGCGCGUCCAGGGAGGGCCGACCCAAGAGCGCCACGCCGUCAGUGGAGGUGACUGCAGCUGACCUCCUGCAUCUCCAGCAGCACCAGGCUCUCCAAGUGGCUCGGCAGAUACUCCUCCAGCAGCAGCAUCAACAACAGCAACAGCAGCCCCAGUCGCAGCAACUGCAGUCUCAACAAAACACCGGACGCAAAUCCCCCAAAGCCAACGACAAGCAGCAAAACCUACAGGUUCCAGUUUCAGUGGCUAUGAUGACACCUCAAGUGAUAACUCCACAGCAGAUGCAGCAGAUCCUUCAGCAGCAAGUCCUGAGCCCUCAGCAGCUCCAGGUUCUUCUCCAGCAGCAACAGGCCCUCAUGUUACAGCAGCAGCAACUCCAAGAAUUCUACAAGAAGCAGCAGGAACAGCUCCACCUCCAACUUUUACAGCAGCAGCAGCAGCAGCAGCAUCAUGCAGGCAGCAAGCAGAGUAAAGAGCAGCAGGUGUCAGCACAGCAGUUGGCCUUCCAGCAGCAGCUCCUGCAGGUCCAGCAGGUCCAGCAGCAGCAUCUGCUCAACCUUCAGAGGCAAGGGCUGCUCACAAUCCAGCCUGGACAGACCGGCCUGCCGCUGCACUCCCUCACUCAGGGCAUGAUUCCAGCAGAGCUGCAGCAACUGUGGAAGGAGGUGACAAACGCUCACGUGAAGGAGGAGCACAACCACAGCAGCAACAACGGCCACCGGGGCCUCGACCUGUCAUCCCCGGCACCGCCAAAGAACCCACUCCACAACCAGCACGCCUCCACCAACGGGCAGUACAUGAGUCACAAGAGAGAAGGAUCCACGCUAGAAGAGCCUUCCCACCACAGUCACCCUCUCUAUGGUCACGGUGUUUGCAAGUGGCCUGGAUGUGAGGCAGUAUUUGAUGAUUUCCAGUCAUUCCUCAAGCAUCUUAACAAUGAGCACGCCCUGGAUGACAGGAGCACGGCCCAGUGUCGGGUGCAAAUGCAGGUCGUACAACAGCUGGAGCUGCAGCUAGCGAAAGACAAAGAACGUCUGCAAGCUAUGAUGACGCACCUUCAUGUCAAGUCCACGGAGCCCAAAGCCACCCCACAGCCGCUCAACCUGGUUUCCAACGUCACAUUGUCCAAAUCGGCCCCUGAGGCCUCUCCUCCUCUGAGCCUGCCCCAGACCCCCACCACACCAACGGCACCCCUCACACCCCUGUCCCAGACCCACUCCGUCAUCACAGCCAACAGCCUCCACAGCGUGGGCCCCAUGCGACGGCGCUACUCAGAAAAGUACAACAUGCCCAUCUCUCCAGAUCUCAGUCAAAACAAAGAGUUUUACAUGAAUGCAGAUGUUAGACCGCCGUUCACGUAUGCCUCAUUAAUAAGACAGGCAAUCCUCGAAUCUCCAGAAAAGCAGCUAACACUAAACGAAAUCUACAACUGGUUCACACGAAUGUUUGCAUAUUUUAGGCGCAACGCAGCGACGUGGAAGAAUGCAGUCCGGCAUAAUCUUAGUCUUCACAAGUGUUUUGUGCGGGUAGAAAACGUAAAAGGGGCUGUCUGGACAGUCGACGAAAUAGAGUUCCAAAAGAGACGGCCUCAAAAGAUCAGUGGAAGUCCAGCCUUAGUGAAGAACAUUCAGACCAGCUUGGGCUAUGGUCCGACCCUCUGCUCUGCUGCCUUCCAGGCUUCAAUGGCAGAAAACAACAUACCUCUAUACACUACUGCUUCCAUUGGAAGUCCCACCCUCAACUCCCUGGCCAACGCCAUCCGUGAGGAGAUGAAUGGAGCGAUGGACCAUGGAAACAGCAACGGCAGUGACAGCAGCCCGGGACGCUCGCCCCUGCCAGCUAU